UGACAGAAAUUGAGUUUGUUUUCGUUAACAAAAUUGAAAAUUGUCGCCAUUGUACGAAAAAAUGGAAUAUUUGAACAGGUAUAGUUAGGGUGUUUAUCGUUUUGACAGAUAGAAUUAUUUUUCGCUCGAGGAAUAAUAUGUGAACCAUUCUGCUCUGAUCCCCCUCUCUAUAAGUUUCCUUGUUCGUGUUAAUGAAUACACGUGGCGGGCUCGGUGGGGAGUCAAGCAGUGUCUCAGUUCACAUAAUAAUGCUAGUCAGCAAAGCGGCUGAAUAAGCUUUCUGCUAUACAAAAGAUGACUCGGGUAAAAUGAGGAGUAGGAAAUAAGCAAGUUGUUACAUACUGACGGAAUGACGCGUGAUUCCGCGUAGCCGUUGUUAGUGCCUUACAGUCGUUCAACGAGGAUAAGUAUAUUUGUUGAUCAACUAUCACGCGUAGUAUAAAAAACGCGAACAUAAGAAGAAGUCAACAAAAAGAGGGAAAGGAAAAACAACAAUAAUAUACAUACCUUGAACAAUGGACGAGGACACAAUGGACAAUGAUUUUGGGGACGAGUUAACCAUCGACUCGUCCACUGGAAGUUUGGGGUUUCAACCUCAGAAAGAGAUAUUUUGCAACAAACUUUUACCUUAUGCUAAUAUCAUCGAUGCCGAAGCCCAAACUCGGUUUUCAGAGAUCAAAGCCAAUCUUGGGCGAGCGAUAUUGUUGCGAGAGGUUCGAUUUGGCUGUAGCCUUUGGACCGCGAGAUUAUGCAAGUACAUCAAGAUCUAUGGGAUGAAGUUUUCCAAGGAAGAUCAUAUUCUCCUAGUAAAACUGAUGUACGAGUUGAUAACCAUCCCUAACUUGGAGCCUCAUAAGGUUGCUGAAUUUGGAGCAACGCUGAUAAUAUUGCUGAAAAAGAAGGAAUUAAUCUCUCCAGAGGAGUUGGAGCUGCCGUGGAAACCACUUUAUGACUUGACAUAUCGCAUCAUGGCUACAGGAGAAACGGCCCUUGGGAUGUACCGAUAUUUUUCAUCCAUCGAAUCAACCCUUGAUGUUCUGGUUCAUGCGGCCAAAGUCUACUUCCCUGUGACAGCGACCCAAGAAAUACUGGACAAACUUAGACCGUGCCUCUAUCCUCUCGAUUCUUCUAUGAUGGCAACGACGAUGGAAACCUUGGAAUGGUUUUUGCCACUGAAGUUACCGCCAAAGUAUCACUCGAUAGGGCAUCAGUUGUGGUUUGAAGAGUUCAUGAGCCUGUGGGAAGUUUGUCACAAUGCGCCAACCUGGGAAUACGAAAUAAUGUGGCUUAUGUCCAGGCUUGCUACUAGCAAUAUCGGAUACAUUGAUUGGGAGCCAUACGUUCCUCUCAUGUUUACAAGAUUUAUUCGCUACUUGAACUUGCCAGUCACAUACAAGCACAUGCAAAGCAGUAAACAUCACAAAAUGGAUACAUCGUCCAUCGCUAUAUGGAUCGUCUCAGUGCUGGGUCACAGAUCAUGCGCGCAAGACUAUUUAACUAAGUUUUUGAAAACAAUAGAGAGCUAUAUUCACCCCGCUAAUUAUGGCCAAUGGCACUCGAAGUUGCGGGAAUUGCUCAGUAAACUUCCUCUGCAUUUCAUCUUACGCCUCCACAGGGAACGCUAUGGCAAGCAGACAUGGGAAGAACCUGUACCUGAAUCAUUCAAGCUUACCGACGAAGAUGUUGAUCGAUUUGUUUUGAGUAUAAAACCGCUUGCUAUGACAGCAAUGUUUGGAAAAAUGGGUGGUAUUGACGCCGGUCAGGCUCUACAAUAUUUGGCUACCAUGCGGCCUAAGUUAAUCAUUCCAGAUGUCCUAGAGCGGUUGUACUCUGUACUGGAUUCACUCACGGAACCACACAAAUUAACGGCAUCCAUGAACUGUGUUGUGGCAGUAGCUCGGCCGCUAGUUCAAGGCCUGAGAAAUUACAACACAGGUUACGAAUAUGGAGAGGGGCCAUCCCAAGUUUUACCUCUCCUGUUCUCAACUCUGCCUGGUAUAGAUCCUAACGACGCGAGAAAAUCAUUUCUCACAUUCCGAUUGAUAUCUGUAUUCGCCGGGAUAAUUCCGAUAGUGGAUUCGUCAAGAGUGCCAGACCCUAUCAGUGAAGAGGAUAGAUUGAUCUGCGAGUCAACAUCGCGUUUUGAAGAUUUUGUUCUUCAGUUUUUAGACAAAGUCUUCAGCCUGAUAGAUUCGAGCUCUCUAGAAUUUGUGAGGCUUGAGAGUCAUGGCGGGGAUGGAAAGAGCAAGCUUGAAUCAUUGUUUGAAAAUGCCUUAGCUGGCGGCUGUACUGGUCUUCUUGGCCAAACUAGCGAUGCUAUUUUCGAUUGUGCCUUACGAAAACUUCGUUCCCUUGCUACCGAACGUAUUUUAGAAACUCAGGUUGCCGGCCGACUGGCAGCCGUUCUUUGCCGCUCAUUUUCUCGUGGUAAUGGACAGCAAACGCUGCGGGUACUUCUUCCACCUCUGGUUAGGAACAUAUUGGAUGCAGUCGGACAAAGCGACGAUAUUGCCAAGGAGGAAAAUUUAGAUAAUCAGCUUUUGUACAGUAUGCAACUACUUGCCGAAACUCUUGAUACGAGGGGAAACUAUCUACUACCUUACAUCGACGUACUGAUCGAAGUUCUUGACAAGACGUUAUACUUGAAAUCCAGGGAAGGAAAUCAGACCGCUUCUCGACUUUUGAAGAUACUUCUUCUGUCUUUGUCGACGGUUACACCUGUUGAUUUUAAGUCGUCUGUUGGGGAUUACAAUGAUCCUGAAUAUAUGUCAAUUAAGGACUGGGGACAGGCGGUAGAUAACAAAGAUCUCAAUGUCAAAUGGUAUGUACCUGGAGUAGAUGAAGUGGCAGCAAUUAAAAAAAUUUUUUCAAAGUAUCUACCGCCUGUUCUGGAGAAGAUAAAGCGUUUUACUGGAGAUAAAAACACAUUAACCAGAGAGGAGCUUUUGACAAAUCUCAAUAUAAUGAGUGCUAUUCUCAUCGGCUGUGAGGCAUUUUUGCCAGUUUGGUCCGAACCUCACAUUGAACCGGUGGAAUCAGCCUUAGAGUGGACUUCUUUUACACCAGAACUCGGAAUUCAAGGGGAACUGUUGAUGCCAGAUGGAAGUAACGUCAGGCGGCAUAUAGUGAAUAUCAUGCGCGAUUUGCAAUCCAAUAUAUUGAGGGAUGGUGAAGAUGAUAUAAAAAGUUUAUUCGUUGUGAUUGAGAUCUGGGGUUCUCUGCUGUUGGGGAGAAUGCGAAUAGGCGAAGAUCACGAAGUGAGGCGAAAGAAUUUCAUGAUUGGUAAAAAAGUAAUAGAGGAUAAACUGAAAGGGAAGCAAAGGCACAUGAGAACAUUGAUGGUGCAACGUGCGGCGAUGCAGCACGAAAUUCGUAUAUUGGAAAGCGUGGUCUGUCUCACAGAAACGCACAAGUCUAUUAUGUUGGAACUAUUCAUAUUGGGAACCAGCAGGUAUGGAGAAGUCCGAUCAAGGGCGCAGAGCCGACUAUUUACCGCCUUGCAAUAUUUUCCGUGCUCAUAUGAGUUGAUUGUUCCCGAGAUAGUGAAAAUAUUGGGCAAAGACAGCGAAGAACAUCAUGAAGCAUUCAAAGGGGUCUUAUACAUUUUGUUAGGUCCAAAGCAAGCUCCGAUAAUCACAAAACGAAAUUGGAUAUUAUUGAAUACACUUUGGCCAGCGUUGGUCUUAUCUAAACCUUCUGAAAAAUUGUCUGUAAUUCGUUUGAAAGAAAAGUUAGCGGACACGGUACGCAAGCUUUUUCCAACAAUUUCUAUAGAAAUUGAAAUACCAUCAAGAUGUAUCGAGGCAGCAAAAUUAUUAUGGGAUAACUAUCCUAAACCCAGUUUACUACAGCCGACCGAAAUUGAAAUGGAAAAGGGAGUGGAGAGCUUAAAGAAUUUAGGAAAAAUAAAUGUAGAAUAUUACAAUAGUCUGUUGGACAAAUUACUUAAAGCUAUUAUCGAACAAAGUCUCCAUUGGAGGCACAGGCUGAUGGCGAUCAGUCUUAUAAGGGACUUGGUUCAUCCCGAUCAGAUAUAUCCUGCGAAAAUAGUGCGCUUCUUUCUCAGCUCAUUGAUACACGAGUCUUUGGAGGAGAGAAAAAUAGCCAUCAAAGCCAUGCUUUUCAUUUUCAAACAACAGAAGAGAAAACAUCCAAAGGUAACGAUAGAUCGCUCCAGGUUCGAGAAUCAAGGUGAGUGUCAAAAAUUGAGCCCUGGGAAAAGGCCUGACAAUGCUUGGCUUCAGUACAAUUACGAAACCCGUCCUCUGACCUCUGAGCAGUGGGAAGAGCAGAGGUUCAUGCACCGUGCAUGGGUAGGAUAUUACACAUGGCCGAAAGAGGUUAAAGUCUACGCUCCAUCUUCUCAGCAGCCAUCGUUAGACCCAAAUAUAAGAGUAUUAACUGACGAGGAAAAGGAGAUAGACAUUUUCUUCAACGAUCCGUCAAAUAUCUCAAAACUCAUAGGAUAUUUUAGUUUGGAAGAAAGAAAGGGGAAAGACAAGUUCGACGGUUACCGUUUUGUCCUUUUCAAAGGCUUGUUCAGAAACCAUGGGGAUGUGCAUCUUAAGCACUUUCUACCUCACCUGAAAAGGUUGGUAGCGGAGAAACAAGAGAGCAGCCAGCGAUGUGCCGCAGAGAUAGUUGCAGGUCUUAUACGAGGCGCGAAGCACUGGACAUUCCCAAUGACAAAAAAAAUGUGGGAAGACUUACUGCCUAUUGUCAGAACGGCGCUCAGUAAUUUGACCGUUGAAACUGUCACCGAUUGGGGAAUCUGCUUUGCCACUGCGCAGGAGAGUAGAGAUCCUAAUAGGCAACACUGGCUGUUAGAGUGUCUCAUGGAAGAACCGCCACUGGGUGAAUCUGAGGCAUCAUUCGUUGAGUGCGGAAGGUUGUACGCUUUGCAAGGGGCACUGAGUCAGCAGUCCUGGCGAGUUUCAGAGUUACAGAAUCGCCUGCUCGUUCGUUUGGAGGACAGAUUACUAGCAAAUCCUUUCCAAAACGUUCGGGAACGUCUAGGAUCUCUGUUAGCUACAAUUUUUGACUCAGAUCUCAUGUUUCCGGAUGCUUGUCAAAGAACAAAUUCACCUAUUCUCGUACAAGAAUUUAUGGACAAAGUAAUGCCAAGACUACAAAUGUUGGCUCAAGAUCCUGCUACUCCAAGUAUCAAGAGAGCAGAGCCUACCGAAUUGUCUUCGCUGGUAAAUCAAGUCAAUCUGAACGAAUUGUCCAAGGAUCCAAAAAACGAGGAACGCGAGGGAGCAGCUAGAUUGUUAAAGACUCUAUGUAAAUGGCUAAUCGGUAGCAUAGUUCGAUCUCAGUACGGCGCGCUGCCAGCCCAUUAUCAACUCUUUCCAAUAGUCUGUCAGCUAGAAAACAGCGAGGUUGACGAAGAAUUGAGCAGAACCUGUACUAGCACACUGGCUGUCUUAGCUCAGGCAUUUACACUGCCCCAACACAUUCCAACAGCUCUCGAUACAGUUGAUAAAAUAUCGGCAAGUACCUCGUGGUGGACCAGAGCGACAUGUCUAGAGUUUUUACAAGUUUUAAUAUUCCACAAUAUGAGUAUUCUACUUAGCAACCCAUUGUGGGUCGGCCAAGUGCGCAGGCUCGUUCUUUGCCUGCUAGAAGACGAACGUCUUGAAGUACGUGAAAAAGCUGGUCAGGUACUUGGCGGGCUUCUGCAUUGUACAUUCAUUCCAGACCAAGAGAUUCUUUUGAAAGACCUUAAGAUCAAAGCCAAGACAAAGUUAAGGCAGAAGAAGAAACAACAGUCAAAUGAUGCAACCACGAACCACGAUAGAUCCGCGGAAGCCGCUUCUAUCCGCGUUCGUCACGCUGGUGUUUUGGGACUGUGCGCAUUCAUCAAUGCUCAUCCCUAUGACGUACCACCUUUCUUACCCUCGAUAUUUGAAGAGCUUGGACCUCAUCUAAACGACCCUCAACCCAUUCCCGCAACAAUUCGAAAAACAUUGGGCGACUUUAAGCGAACGCAUUACGAUGGAUGGUCAGGUGAGAACGGACACCAACAACGCUUCACGGAAGAGCAACUAGCCGUUUUGCAGGAUCUUGUUGUCCCACCAACAUAUUUUGCUUGAUUUCAGAUACGUCAAGUCAUAAUAAAUAUAUUAUAUCUACAAUUAUAUUACAUCGCGAUAAUGGAGACUAACUUUUAAUCAAUUUAACUUUAUUUAUAUGAAUGUAUGUGAGAAUUGUUCGAACAAUUAUGCGGGUCUUAAUUUGUUUUUUCCUUGCGCGUGAUAUUGACGGUUUAAUUAUUGUACCGAUUAAUAUUCGAUACGCUCGCUUAAAUAAACGUAAUUUCGAUACGUGUAAUAACAUAAUUUUUCACUGAAAAAACGGGUACUUGAAGGGAAAAUACUUAUACACGGAUUUCCGCAAUUUCAACGGUAUUAUAAAAACUUGUUUUUAAGAAUAAUGUUUCGAUCUUUGAGACCGGCGAUGAACGUAUUGAAACCUCGAUUGAAAUAAUUGUCAGUCAGUACGCGGUUUUACAUAAUCUCUCGAUGUGGGCAUACAAUAAUGUACAUUUAAUUUUCAUAAGCUAAUCCCAAAGCUUUAACUGUGCCUACAUCUGAAUUUAUUGACCACAAACAGACAAACCCCUCUCCACUUGUUACAAAAUGUUGUUAAAUGUGACUAAUUACAGGUCAACAAAUAUAUUAUUUUUUUUUCGUAUGCAAUAGGUGAUUGGUGCUGAAUUGCUGAACUUUGUCGUAAUUGAACUAUUUUUGUUAGUCCGAACGCGCAAUUUACCUUGUUCAGCUUUUGUGUAAUAGCAAGAUGUUAAAUAAAAUUUACCACGUCGA